AUGCCCGGGCGGCCGGGGUCGGAGUGCGCGGGGCCGGGCGGGGAAGGCCGCCGUCCCUCGGCCCCUCCUGGGCCUCUCCUCGGCCUCCCCUCAGCCCCUUCGGGGCCCCUCCUCGGCCCCAGCGCGGCUCUGGGCUCCCCAGGUUACGGGGCCGAGGGCGGUAGCCGCGGUGAGGAGGUAGCGCUGUGGGCUGUAGUUAACUUGCAGAAGGACAGGAGCUUCUUCCCGAAGCUGCCUUUCCGAAGAUGGCGGAGACUGCUGAGGGAUGUGGUGGGGCCAGGGGUAACGCCGGGGUGUGAGGGGCCCCUUCCCACCCCCAGCGUCUUCUUGGUGCAAUGUGUUCUAAAAGAACUGGAAUCACUGGGGAAAGCACUGUACGGAGCAAAAUUAAUUGCCCAAAGAUUUCAAGUUCGAAACUGUUCUCACCACAAGGAUCCUGUGAGUGGUUCGGCCUGUUUACUUUCCAUGAUUGAAGAAGGCAACCCUCAUCACUUCUUUAUUGCUACACAGGACCAGGAUUUAGCAAACAAAGUGAAAAAGAAGGCUGGUGUUCCUCUCCUCUUUAUUAUUCAGAACACUAUGGUGCUAGACAAACCUUCUCCUAAAUCUUUGGCGUUUGUCCAAAAGUUGCAGACAGAUCAGCUUGUUCCAGAGCACCAAAAACAAAGUAUUGUGCAGCUUAAAGAAAAAGAAGGACUAGCAAAGCAAGCAGGUGAAAAGAGAAGAAAACGUAAAAGGGCAGGCGGCCCCAAUCCUCUCAGCUGUCUGAAGAAGAAAAAGAAAACACAGGAGGGUCAGGAGCCUUCUGCUGAAAAGAAGAAAAGAAGAAAAAGAAAGCGAAAUAGGGCUAAAGCAGAAGCUGUGCAGUCAGUGCAGAAGAAUGAAGAAGAAUAAACCCAUCUUCCUAAAAAAUGCAAGACUUGAACAUUGUUUGAACUCCGUGAAAAGAAAGAUUAAUAUGCAAUCAUGUGAAAUCAAGUUGUUAAUAUUAAAACUUAUUUU